AACAGUUGGCUGACUGCUCCCAAGAAAACCGGCGACGAGCCUCCAUAGCCGGCAGUCUGACCGCACACCUUCUGCUCUCAAUUCAUCAUUACUGCAACAGCAACCAAGCAAGAUACAUUUAAAGCAGAACUUGAUCCAUUCACUUAAACACAUCAACACCGAGCUAUUUAUAAACCACGCAACACUUUCUCGACAUAUCUGUGAGGAGCUCGGAGAUUAGAGAUAACGGCUGCAGGAUGGAGACGCAGAUACAUGUGCCCGUCGGCUCGCCGGUUAUUAGAAAAAUCCCCAUUUUCGUGGACGAACACAACGUGACGGAGGGAGCCAUGAAGCUGAUUAAAGAGCUGAGACCAGCGUGGGACCCGAGCCAUGUCAAGACCAAGCUCUUCACCGAUGGAACCACCAACAAGCUAGUGGGCUGCUAUGUGGAUGACAGUCCAGAGGAUGUGGUUCUGGUCCGAGUAUACGGGAACAAGACGGAGCUGAUUGUGGACAGAGACAAUGAGCUCAAAAGCUUUCAGGUGCUACAUGCUAAUGGCUGUGCUCCUCGCCUCUACUGCACCUUCCAGAACGGCAUCUGCUAUGAGUUCAUGCAGGGGGACGCUCUCGGGACGCAGGAUGUCAGAGAUCCUUCCUUACUCAGAAUGAUAGCCAGAGAGAUGGCACGUAUACAUGCCAUCCAUGCACACAAUGGCUGCAUCCCCAAGCCCAACCUCUGGAUCAAGAUGCGAAAAUACUUCUCCCUCGUGGCCACCGAGUUCACGGACCAAGCAUCUAAUGUUAGAAUCCAGCAGGAGGUUCCUAGCAAGGCGGUGCUGGAGCAGGAAAUGUUGUGGAUGAAAGAGCAUCUCUCCACUCUGGGCUCCCCCGUGGUGCUCUGCCACAAUGACCUGCUCUGCAAAAACAUCAUCCACAACAGCAAAGAGGGUCAUGUUCGCUUCAUAGACUACGAAUACUCCAGCUACAACUACCAGGCCUUCGACAUCGGGAACCACUUCAAUGAAUUUGCAGGAAUGGCGGAGCUGGACUAUGGGCUGUACCCCAGUCGGGAGAUGCAGAUGGACUGGCUCAAAGUGUACCUGCAGGCAUACAAACUCUUCACCAAGAAAACUGAGGAGGUCAGCCCGCGAGAGCUGGAGACGCUCUAUGUACAGGUCAACAAGUUUGCUCUGGCUUCUCACUUCUUUUGGGGAUUCUGGGCGCUCAUUCAGGCCAAAUACUCCUCCAUCGACUUUGACUUCCUAGGGUACGCUGUGCUGCGUUUCAACCAAUACUUUGAGACCAAACCUGCAUUGAUGGCCCUGCAGAUCCCAGAAUGAGAGGAGACCAAAAGCCAGACUGUGGAGAGAAGACAGGAGGGAAGGUGGAACAGUUUUCUAUGCUGGGACUUCCUGUACGGUGCAAACUCUUCUCUGUGAGCCAGCUGUAGAUGGACCUCUGCUUGGUCUCCCCAGCAUCCUUUUUCUGCAACAAGCGCAAUUACUCUGCUCCAACUUAGCUCCACGUCUACCACAACUCUAGCUCAAGAAUGAUAACGCUUCCAUGGGGUCUGUGUGUAUGUGUGUGACUGUAUGCUUGUGUAUGUUUGCGUUUUUAAUUUAUCUUAAAAAGCCAGACGUGCUGCUUUCCCUCUUCGGACAACUGAACAAGGCGUAGUGAGCACAGCAGUCUGAGCUAACGUAGAGAUGACAGACUGUAAACCUGCCUAAUGUCUGUCAGUCUGCUCAACAACGCUGGUAAUGAAGGUCAAAAGAGGGACGGGACUGUUAAGGAGGGUUUGAUGCUGAUAUUGACAGAUAGUUUGUCCUGUCCUCUGUGCACUGUAUCUCUGGCUCAAUGCCUCAUUCUAGUUAGAAACUGACUACAGAGGUAUUUCACCUGGGAUUCCUCAGAUAUGGCAUGUGUGUGUGAUGAGACCAUUCCUCCUCCUGUCUGCAGAUAUUUUAACACUUUAAGUUUUGAUUUGUUUUCCCGAUCGUUCCUCUAUUUCCUCCAUCUUUGGUGCUAAGUGCUUGCAGCUGCACAAUUUCUGCACUGCACUUCCCAGGGAUCACCUGUGCAUCAAACAGCGGGCGGUACUGUGUCAUCAUUUUCUUUUCCCUCUUCAGUUUGAGCCUCAGUCAGCUUCUCUUGUAGUGAUUCCAAACUGCUGCUAGAAAUGUGAAACGGACAUUUCUGUGCGCUAGUGGACUUUUCAGCUGGAAGGAGCUACCAGACACUGAAGCCUUUCAUGGACCGGCUUUAGCUUGCAUCACUAUUGUGUUCUAGCAAUGGGUGAUAGAAAGUAGCUAAAUGUGCAUGUAUUUAUUUAUGUGAAGGCAUUGUGGAUUAUUUAACAUCUCAGGUGAAACAACUCUUCAGUUUGUGUUGCUCUGUGUUGAACUGGGAAGGGAUGUGAAGCAGGAGGGGAGAGAGAUGCUGACACGUCACUCUCAACCCUGUGUGCAUUUCUGCCCUCCAAGCGUUUUCCACCUUCUUGACUUUUAUGGUUACAGCGAACCGCUCCGUUAAACUUUCCAUUUAAACUAUUCCAGACCUCCUGGAAAAUCACAACCUCCAUCUCCCCUACUGUCACCCCCCCCCCCACUCCUCCCCUCUUUUAUGCCCUCCUGUGUCUGCUCCCUCCUCACCUUACUCUUUGAUCUCCUCCCACCACAGUUUAGUUUCAUCUCUCCCCUUUAUCUGAUUGCCAUUGAGGCAGUAGCACCUGUUCCACAGACCUGUUAACAUCAGAAGCUGCUCCCAGCCCGACACUGUAAUCCAGUCCCAUUCACUUCUCACAUUUAGAGCCAAAUUUUCUUACGUAAUCAGACAUUGCAUAAUACCGGGGGUCAUAUCAAGGCUAGCUUUCAAAAAGAGCCAGGGAUGGGUUAUCUGGGGCUGUGUGCUGUCAUCAGAUCACCUGGUACUUGAAUGGAAAAAACUUAGCAUUCGACUCUCCAGAAAUGUAGUCAUUGCAAGAAAGAAACACACACACACACACACACACACACACACACACACACACACACACACACACACACGAUUCCAAUGAUAUUAUACAUCAAAAUCUACAGGCAAGUACUACAGCCUAUGUGUAAAAAAUGUUGAAUAAAACCUUUAGUGACUCUAGAGUGGGGAUGAGGAUCAGGGUCAGGUAUGAGAAAAAAUAAUGAGAAGAGGAAAAUGUUGAGAAAAGUGUAGAAAUGUCCAGUAUAAAGUCAACUUUUUGAGUUCGGUAAAGUAGACUGCAAGCUACAACCUGAUUUUCCUCAAUAUGUCUAAAAGAUAUGGUUUCCCAAAACAAUAGUUGUUCUAAAAAUAUCAAUCAGUGUUUCCCAAACCACAAGAUGAUGUCCUCAAAUCUCUUGUUUUGUCCACAAACCAAAGAGAUAUUCAGUUUAUUGUCAUAAAGGAAGAAAGAAACCUAUUCUGAUACAUUUAAUUGGCCAAGAGGCCGAAAAUAGGUGGAAAAAGCUACAAAUACUACAAAACGACGUAUCCGCUUUCCCGGCUUUAAUGGUAGAAUAACGCAACAGUGCCCCUGGUUUUAAUGGUAGAAAUGCGAUAAUGCUUUCCCGCCUUAAAUGGGUUAAUACACCACAGGACACAGUGACACUGAACAUAUCUUCGGCCUUUGUACUCCAGAGAUUUAGUACUGUGCUUCCAUAAAAGGGGGACUUGUGAGAUACAGUUAAAAAGUCAAAACUGAAGUAGUAGAGGCUGAAGUAUCAUGUCCUGUAGCCCCUAGUAUGGGUCUAACAGUAAAAACAGUGAAUCCUACACUUCCCAUAAUGCAACACAAUAGCAUCUUUUUUCAGCCCUUCCCUGACUGGCAAAUGCCACGUCUUUCAAACUUAACUGGAGUCUAAAAUUCCAAGCUGAAAUGACUCGUGGUGUCACAUGAGUCUAGGGUCAUUAUUUAAAUUAUUGAAUAUUUUACAGGUUAUUAUUUUUUCAAUACAUUUAUUUAAUUCAUAAAAAAAAAGAAAAUAAGCUCAUCAAAACUUCCUUCUUUAAAUGUUUUUUUUUGUUUGACCAACAAUCCAAAACCCCAAAAUAUGGCAAAAAAUAGCUCCUGAUCAACACACUGGACAAGCUGGAUUGGCAUUUUCUCACAUUUUUUGCUUAAAAUGAUGCAGAUUCAACAAGAGUCAACUAAAUAAGCGACUUACUGGCUCAGCUCUAGGUUUAACAAAGCCUCUCCAGAGCCCCCGAAGACAUUAUACAACAGUUUUUACAGGCUGAGUACUAAUCAUGACCAGUAAACUGACUUCAUUUUUCAUGAGUGUCCCUUUAAUAAGCACAGGAGCUCUUAAUGGCUCAUAUGCAUUAAAACGUGUCCUUUUUUCCUCAUUCUGGCAGUGGUGUCAGAUUGAACCAGACAUUGAUGCCAGGCUGUGUCCUCUCUCUGACCCACACACUCUUCAGGAUAGCAGCCCCUCUUAGGCCCAGUAGGGGGGGACAGUGAGUCCUGACCUUUGUCCUCCGCUGCAGCUCUCAUGUAACUGAUAGGCUUAAUAAUUUACUGAGUGAGCAGUCGGCCUUCAGAACAGCAGAGGAGACACUAACUGAUGUUAAUUGUUGUCAGUGUGGACAGUCAACCUGAGUGAGUGUUUUCAGAAGGAUCAGUGGCUCUGAUGUGAGGAUUAGAACCUUCUGAAUGUCAAUUCUAACCUGUUUUUAGGCUGUGAGUGUGAAUAGGUUUAAGAGUUACUUAGUGAAGCAGGUACUCAUGAUGGCACAUAUUUGGGAGCAUAAAGCUAGCACUGAAAUUGUCUUAAAAAAGCUGAAAUAACCCACAUCACUAGUAGGGCUGGGCAAUAUGGACCAAAAGUCAUAUCCUGAUAUAUUUAGUCUUAAUAUCGACAAUUGAUAUAUAUCCCUAUAUUUUUAUCACAAAGUGAGAGCAAAUGUUCAGUCAAAGUCAAAUAUGACAUGUCAAGUUGUUUUAUUCAAACCGUUUAAUUAAGUGAACAUAAAUACUGUAUAACAGGAUUCUUUUUUUUUUUUUUUAACAUCAAAGCUCCAUAAAGUGCACAUUUAAAUAAAAAAAUAUCUUAAAUAAAAAUAGCCUAUGGAAAAAAAUAGGCCAAUCUUUUUCUGCAAUAAAUAUAAUUAUAUGAGAAAAGAAUAACGAACAUUACAAAAGAACUAAAUAUGACAAACCUUAGGGCAGCAUUUAUAUAUAUAGAAAUAUUUGUUUAACUAUCGAUAUAUAUCCAAUAUGAUCUAAUUCCAUAUCACAUUUAAAAAUAUAUCAAUAUAUCUUAUAUCGAUAUAUCACCCAGCCCUAAUCACUAGUGCAAUUCAUUUGAAGAUAAUCAAGAGGCCCUUAUUUUAGGGGACUAAUAGUGGAGUAAUCUGCUUAGUAGAUUUGCAGACAAAGGCCAAAUUAGUGAGCUUUCUGCUUGAACGCACAAUCCUAAUACCAUGGUAGGAAUUCAGCCUGGAUAUAAAAGGGCAUUUGCACUGAAUACAUUUCUCCUUUCACUUAUUAGAGGACACUGACCCUGAGUGGAACUCUUUGGUUGACACAGUUUACGAUUUGGAAGAUCCAAAUGAGGGCAGGUUUAUUUAGUUUCCUUUGAAAGUGAUUCUAACACUCCAGCAGUGAGCGAUGUUAGGGGCUGGAGCUAAAUGUAGGGUUGAGCUGAAAACACAUUCCACACUAAAUUGGGGUUGUCCUAAAAACUCUGCUCUCUUUUGGCAGUUUGCUAAUAUUUUAGGAGCCGUUUGGCCUGUUGAUCACCUUACCCACUAUGUUGUAUGGCAUCAAAAAACACCCCUGAUUCCAAAAAAGUUGGGAUGGUGUCUAAAGCACAAAUAAAACUGAGCAUGAUCAUUGCUAAUCAUUUGUGGCAUACAUUCCACUUAAAACUGUACAAAGAGAAUAUAUUUAAUGCAAUUUGAUGCCAGGAACAUAAUCUGAAAAAAGAUGGCACAGGUACUGGUUUACCUGUUUUACCUUUAGUUACUCAACAUAAUCUCUAUUGUCAUAUUUUGCUAUUCACAAUAUGUCACACAUUUUCAAUCGGAGACAGGUCUUUACUUGCAUUUGUUGUAAACCUACUCACAAAUUAUUUGGAUUAUCCCCACAGUGGUGAACUCACCUGAUCCUUGCUUGUGAGCAUCUUUCAGGGAUGCUCAUUUCAUACCCAAUCAUGAUACGAUCACCUGUUCCAAAUAACCUGUGGAAUAUUCCAAACAUGCAUUUUUACAGCUUUACACCACUUUCCCAGUCUUUUGUUGCCCCUGUCUCAACUUUUUUGAAAUGUGUUGCUGGCAUCAAAUCAAUAACGAGCAUGUUUUUACAGAAUCCAUGAAGCCGAUCAAGUAAAACAUAAUUUAUAUUCUCUUUGUCAUAAAGAAUUAGAAACAUUAUAGCAUUCUGUUUUAUUUACACAGCAGCCCAACUUUUUUGUAAAGGGGGUUGUGAUCUUGUGAGUUACUGAAAUAGUCCAGUGUGUACUCUAAAGGCUUCAACAUGCGUCAGACAUGCAUUCUAAAACCACUGGGGUUCCCUUAUCUCUACACUGGAAAAAAACACUAGUAACCAUACAGUAAGUUAAAGGCACAGCACACCAACAGAAAUCACAUGUUGAAAUGUCUUCAAAGAGUCGCUUAAUGCCUGGAUGGAAAGCAGCGUUUUUAACAGCUGUCUUGGGUUAAAUGUUUCAAGUCUAUUGUCUCAUCCUGCAUCUGUUAUCACACAUACCAGAGAUAUCACAGUUCGCUGACUCAGUAAAUACACAAACCACCAGCACUGGAAAACAACUCAAUCAAUAGUUCCAUAAUAAUAAGAUAUUGAGAUAUUAAACAUUAGCAUUAUCUAGUGGACUGAAAAAAAGCAAUUGAGUUUAUGAGAUUAUUAUUCUCAUUCACCAAAAAGCUAGAAAACAGCUUGUCACACUAAAUCUUUAUUUCUCAUGACAUUAAAUGUUUGAUCGUGAUCGACUAAUGCCUCACUUGCAUAUGCAUUAGCAUCCUAAAGAUAAAGCCACUUCAGUGAGAGAAAGGGGGCCUCACAUACUUUCUUCAUGACAUAGUUGUAACUGAUUUUGUUUACCAAAAAGUUAAUAAAAGUUUUUGCACUGUUGGACUGCACUUAAAAUCCAGUUGAAACUUUUUUGUUGCAGAUGUUUUGGCUCUACAAACAGUAGAAUGGAAACAAUCAGUGGUAUAAACACCUUUCAUACUUUGAGCAGUUUAAAUCUCACAAACACCUUUACUAGAUUUCACACUGGGUAAGGUAAAAAUAAGCCAAACGAGAGAAGGUUAUUGAAAGAGAUUGUUGUUUAAAGACCAAUAACUUCAUACAUUCUGUUUUUUGUGGUGACCUCCAGUAUCCCAGACGUCUGUCUGAAUUUCCAUGCUGGCCAUCAAAGAUGUCACUCUCUUUAUGUUAGGCCUUAAUGUGUUUUAAAGCAGUUUUAAACAGGGUUUAUUUAUUGAGUGAAUAUAACAUGCACCACACCUUGUCUUUUGCUUUCUCGUCAUACCAAAAUGGUUAGCUUCAGAGAGUUUUGCAUUGCAGUUCACUUGAGAUUAACUAUUUUUGUGUGAGAAUGUACUAACUUAAUUUUAAGAAACACUGUACAGAUAACUGAUAUUUUUUUUUCUUUGUAUGCUGAUAUUUCCUUUUUGUAAAUGCUUUGAGCGCUGUGUAAAGGAAGCCGGCGUCUUGCUUGCAGAUGUGACUUUGUAAAUGUACUCAUCCACUGCUAGAGGAGAAGCUGUGUCCAUGUGUGAGGCCAGCGGAGAUGGAGGAUGUAAAUACUGUAAGAAAUACUGUGAAGAGCUGACUGUACAGUGAUCCUUACACCUCUGUAGGAGUGGCAAGAAGAAUUAUUUAACAGUUGUCAGGAAAUAUUUCCAUUAAAAUGUAUAAAAUUAUAAUAAAAAAUGUAUGUGUGCUUUUGA